UAGUAGAUUUUUUUCCCACCAAGACUAGAUAUGCGAGAUACCUAUGGUCUGAGGCAGCCCCCUAAAAAGGUGGGCGACUGACGUGCGGCACGCGGCCAGCCCAUGAUAUAAGUGCAAUGGCAAGCCCGCCCCCAACUAUCUAAAGAAUCAUUUCUCAUUGGAUCGUUUUCAUUUCGGCUCACUUACCUUUACCUCUCGCUUUUACCCGGAUAUUCCAGCUAUCAUCCCAUCUUUCUUAGCCAACCCCUGGUCGUGCAUACGGAACCCUACCUUCUCGUGCAUGACAAGCGGUUAGCCACAAACUUUUCUUUUAUUGUGUGCACCUUAUUAUUUCCUUUGUUUUAUAUAGAAGGCUGAGGCUUACCGAAUUCAGCCGACAGACUCAUCCUCCUUUAUUGCCUUUGACAGGCAAUAGAGAGAGCUGACUACACAGAGGCUGCGCCGUGUCUCGGUGCACGACACAGCGUUUGCUUGAACGAGCUCGCCACAGCAAGCCGAAUUUCACCUGGAAUUAUUAGGAGAGAACAAUUUUGGUAUAUAUAACCGUCAUCUCCAGCAGCUCACGUUAUUGUAUUGAUAGUUAUACUCGCCACGAAGUCGUCGGACAUACCUACGUGCCCGGCGGAGGUACUCGUCACAUUUUCAUCUUUUUCGCCCACCUAAUACUUAAUAAGCUUACCAGAAUCAGCAUAUAACACCAGAAUGCCGAUCAUGGGCACAGCCGAUACACUCACUUGGAGAACUGGAGGACCGCGUGGUGGUCACAAGAGAAGCGUGUCCGCCACCACGGCUGGCAACAGCAGCGCCUGGGCGAUGAGCGGCGCGGGACGAGCCUCUGCAGCGUUGCAGUACAUGCCUGCUCGGACACCGCACCUCAAGUCCAGCAAGAGUUUCAGCAGCAGUCACGCUGGCGCCAGUCUGCUAAGUUUUCCUGCCCCGGCCGUGAGCAAUGGUGCUGGCCAGGACACAGACACAGCGCUAGGUGACCCACGACGCAGAGUUACAGUGGACUCAUGGAGCAGCUCACGCGCCACCACCAGCAUGCCAGCGCCGAGUGGUGGUGGAGGCGACGGGGCAGCCGGGGCUGGGACUAGGGAGAAGGACAGGAGGAUGCUGCAUCCCUUUGCAGCGCCGUUUCGAUUCCCUGCAGCGCCUGGGCCCGAUGCUGGGUGCGGGUUUGCUGCAGGUCGUGAAGCUGCUGCUGCCGCCGCAGCGACUGCUGGUGAUGCUGGUCGUCACGGUAUCAGUGACAGCAGCAGCAGCGGCGGCAGCAUCGGCGGCGGCGGCGGCGGCAAGAGCGUCGAAAGACGUAAUGAUAUGAGUGAAGCUGUGGAAUUGCGUCCCUGGGAGAAGCCUAGCUCUGGCUUGAUCAGCAGCGGUGAAGCUGGGGCAAGUGAAGUUGAAGAUGGCAUCGCUGGGCUUGGUGAAGGAGCAGCACGACGGGCGUCGCCGGCACUGAGCGACAGCAGUCUGGCAACUGUCAGGGCCGUCAAGCGCCAGUCAGGCACUGGCAUUGGCACUGACACCAGGUGCACCAGCUGCGCCAGCUGCACCGUUAACCAGGACGGGCUCGUCAGCGCCUCCAGCGACGCCGAACCCACUGUAACUGCCACUACUCCGCCUCCCCACCACAACCUCAACCACCACCGCCAGCUGCUCCAGUUCCCCGCCUCUCGCUCGCCGUGGGCCCAGCACGCCAGGCGUCUCGUGUCUGCUUCUUCCUCCACCUCCUCCACUUGCUCCUCUUCCCUCUUCUCCGCCGACUUGUCUACUUCUGCUUCUUGCACCAGCUUAGCCUUGACCUCGUCGUCGCCUAAACACCACACUCCUUCGUCAUCCGUCUCCUCGACUGCCUCGACUGCCUCUACUGCGUCCGUCGCCUCGUCCGCCACGACGGCGUCGUCUCUUUCCUUCCCCGCUCCGCCGCCGCUCUUCAGCUCCAACUCCAAGCACCAGCAUCAGCAUCACCGCCGCCGCUCCUCAAGCAGGCAAUCGCCCGCCAUGCCGGAAUAUCGCCAUGGUCGCGCUGCCAGCCUUUCCAUCACCGGCGCCACGGCCGGCUCGCCUCAAUCUCGCUCUGGCAAUGCCAACUCUGUAAUGCCUCGCAGCCCGCCCAAUACAUCUCACGUGCCCUGUAAGUUCUUCCGCCAGGGUGCUUGCCAGGCGGGCAAUGCCUGUCCCUUCAGUCACGAUCUCGGCGCCUCAGCAGAAACCGUCUGCAAGUACUUUGCAAAGGGCAACUGCAAGUUCGGUCCCAAGUGCGCAAACAUCCACGUUCUCCCCGACGGUCGCAGAGUCAACUACGGCAAGAAUGGCUUCACGAUAAUACAGACACCUGGUGGGGACCACGCCUCCCCGACCUCGGCCGGCUUCGCCAAUGUCUCCCAGAGCGCACUUACAUCGUCUUUAUAUCAUAAUGACCAGGGCUUCGAUGACCGCGGUCAUCCGGGCUUGGGCGGGGAUAAUGGCAACGCAGACACGGGCUACUCUCUGCCCAGCUCUACGUAUGGCUCGCCCCGCGACGGGUUCGCCUUCUCCCCCGCUACCAAGAACCUCUCCAUCCUAGACGUGCCAUUGCCCGCCUCCUUCGAUUCCAAUGGCAUCUCCAACGCCGCCCGCUUCCCUGCCGCCCCAUGGCCAUCCUCUGUCCCCUCCAAGUUUGGCAUCGAGUCACCCGCCGCAUCUCUCAGCAACGCCAAGGACUCGCGAACCUCGGAAACACUCAAGCUGCUGCACAACUCUGCGUUCGGCGGCCCUUCAGACUAUCUAGGCUCUGCCAUUGGCAGCCCGCCAAACUCUCAGAGCGCUGUUGGUGAGGAGUUCUAUGGCAAGCGAAUGAUGCACUCUGCGCGAUACACCAAGCCCAAGAUGCUCAGCUCUAGCGUCCCCAAGACCAGUGUAGAUCACGAUAGAAACAAUAACAUUAAAAAAGGCGACGAUGAUGAUAUCCCCGAAAACUACGUUCCCGAAAACCUGCAGGAACUCCUGACACCAGCCGAAAAGGCACGCCGAGGCUCCAUGCGCGGCGAAAACGACGUUGGUGCCGACAUCCUCACCAAGUACGGCAGCCCGAUUGGAACCAGCCCGAGUCGUUGGGGUCCUCUGUUCCAGCGUCAAAAGGAAGAGGAAGAGCUCUCACGAUCGGCCAGAGCUGUGUCGGCCUUUGGACAUGUCGGCAGCCCUCUGCGCAACUCGACCCUUGCCCAGGAAAUGAACAAAGGCAACCUAGCUGGAUCUAUUGGCUCCAACAGACCCUCGAUGCGCAUCGGCAGCGAUUCCAUGUCUGUCUUGUCGCAGCAACUUCAGGAUAGCCGCUUAGAUGAUACCUCCAACUCUCGCCUUCACCCAUCCUCUGCUCGAGGCCCUGCGCCAAUUGGCAAGGAGCGCGCCGGCAUCGAACGCCACGUCUCGACAGGAAGCAUCAACUCUGCAGUCACCGGGCGUUUAACGACUCCAAUCGAUGAAGAGGACUCAGCGUUUGUCUUUAGCAUGGAGGAAGAGGAUGAGCCAGCAGCAAGAAUGCGCAAGCGCACAUCGGCCGGCUUAGGCAUGGCCAGCUAUGCCGGUGUUGCGGCAGCAGCCAAGGCUCCAUCAGGCAAGGAAGCCAAACCUACAGCGCCUGCUGCUCCCACCACUAGCAGCUAGGGUGACGCUUUGAGAUUGACUCCUAGUGUUUACAGCUAUCUGAUUCUGCUAGCCUCAUAGAAGCAAUUGCGUUGUUUUGGCGUUGUUUGUUUCGAUAUACCGCGCCUCUACAAAGACAGAGGCAUCUUGUAUCUAGUCCUCGUUGCGAAACGAGGCAUCACACCACGACGGCCACACGGCACGGCACUCUUUUGCACACUUUUCAUUUUCCAUCACUCAGCUUGCA